AUGGGGAAGCUGAUCUCCAAAGGCCAGCCCAAAAGAGAUGCUCGAGUUGUCAUGCUGGGGCUCGACUUCGCCGGCAAAUCCACCCUUCUGUACAAACUGAAGAGCGGCCGGGCUGUGGAGACCUGCCCGACGGUGGGCUUCAAUGUGGAGUCUCUCCAAACACCCUGUCGCGUAUCCUUCACCCUCUGGGACGUCGGCGGACAAGGCAGCCUGCGGGCGAGCUGGCCUGACUACCUGGAGGACACCAACAUCCUCAUCUUCGUGCUCGACAGCACGGACACGGCUCGGCUGCCCGAAGCGAUGGCAGCACUGGAGGAAGUCCUGAGCCACCCCAGCAUGGCCGGCAUCCCCGUCCUCCUCCUGGCCAACAAGCAGGAGAUGCCGGGAGCGUUGGCUCCCGCCGAGCUGGGGGAGAAGCUGCGGCGGGGGCGGCUGGCGAGGCACCCUUGGGUGCUCCGGGGUUGCAGUGCCCACACCGGCCAGGGACUGCAGGAAGCCCUGGCCGUCCUGGGAGAGCUGCUGCGGGUCUGGAGCGGAGCUCCCCAUCCCAAGAGCAGCCCCUCGCAGGGCCAGCGGGGAGGAGGCGAGCUCCGGAGCAAAGCUGAACCUCGGGUGGACGCUUCCCGCUCGUCGCUGCCGGCAGGUUUGCUGUAG